CAGGUCAUAAGACAUUAGCUUUGGGUGUAGGGUCUCCGUCAUGUCAACGGUGUCUGCCGCGGCUUUGGUGGACAACAUGGGAAUGAAACCCAUUGGGUGUCGAGAGGCCAAUGUGGAAGAAAACAUCCAAGGCGAGCUUGAGCCAAGACGUGAUCCGACUGGUGGAGAGACACCGGAAACUGGGACUCCUUUGACACGGUCGCUAAGCCCAUCCAGUGACGGUGGUGCUGAAUCGGCCGCCGACCGCUCUGAGCGCGGAGCCAGCCGGCGCCAACUGCGACGAAAAAAGAGUGGCACAUCUGCUGAAUCAGCAGAUGCAGGAGUUUCCACUGCCCCAGCGGUUGAGGCUUCGGAGGCUCCGGAAAGUGCUUUGGAGGAGCUCUCGGAAGUACGAAGCAGUUCAGAGACUGAGGCCUCCGUGCAUGGCCGGAAUGCCUCCAAUGGAGGUCAAUCGAAGUUGGCCAGGCCAAAGGUGUGGCCUUCUGGUCUGAUGGGGCGCUAUCAGGUCUGCCCUAUCAGAGUCAUGGGCCUAUCACAGGCUCCGUUUGUCAGUGAUUUCUGUUUGCCUGGCGUUUUUGGAUGUGGGGAGCGCAAUCCAUAUUUUUCCGAUCGGGAGAUCAUCACGGUGCUGGCUGCGCCGCCGGAGAAACACAAGCACUUGCUUGAGACGGCGCAGCGCUUGCCCGAAAUUCUGAUGGCCAAUGACCCUCCGUUGGCCAAUUCUGCAGAGCUCUAUGGCUCUUUGGCGUUGGGGACAGGAUCGGCACAGUGGCGGGAUCAGGAUGGACCCGUGUGCUACGUGAACGGCCAGUCGGAUGUGGAUUUCGUGGUCGACAUGAGGAAAGACGUCGCACCGUCUGCGAUUGUCAAGCAACUUUGCUCGAAGGACAACUGGAGAUUGGUUGGACAAGUCCAGGUGCAUAAGUUUUCUUCCACACAGUUCACCCUCUUGGGAAGCUUUGAAGAGGACUCCGACGGAGAUUCCAGAGACAAGCAAGAGAAGGUGUAUCUCGAUUUGACUUGCAUUGAAAGUCCUGUGCAGUUCCAACGUUUCCGCAAAAGACAAGAGGCAUUCAGAAAGGUCUUUCUUCAAGUGAGGAAGCAGCUUGAGGCAAAGUUCGGUGCCGAUGGUGUCUUGGCUUUUGAUGCUUAUAUUCACUUGCUGAAGGCAUUCGCUGCCAAAGUUCCUCACAGUGCCAUCAGCGUUUACCAGGCCACUUGCAUCGGGCUCUUUACCCUCAAGAUUGGCCAUUUCAGACUAAAGCGGAACCUCUCGCUAGCACUCUGCUUCUUCGAGGGCUUUUUGAGGUUUUGCUACCAGUUUUACUUGGAUCAUGAUACACCUGUGGUGAUUGGUGGUACGCCUUUGGGCUAUCGUCGGCAAUCGAUUGAUUUGAGCAAUGGAAGGUUGCGCGCGCGGCAGAGCACCAGCUGGAGAAGCGAGCUCUAUUUUCGGAGUGUGGAGAUUGGGCAGCUGCAGACUCGCCCGGACGAGUGGAUGAAUGUGACGCACUCCUUGGACCCGCAACAGGUGUCCCUGGAAGCCCUCCAGUUGCUGGAGAGGUCCUUUCCGCCCAAGGAGGAUUUCGUCUUUGGUCCCUUCGGCUUCGAUGCAAGAUUUUGAGAGGCGGAGCGGCAGGGCUGCUUGCGGUCUUGGUUUCUACAAAGGCCUCCAAGGACCUCAAUAAGAACUCCAAAGAAGAGGAGAAUUGUUUGCUUUAAGGUUGUUUGGCCCAGAUCAGACUGGUUUGUAUGCCAGAUUCCACAGUGAAUUGGACUGCUUGAGCAAGCUUUUACGGUCAUCUCGGGGUAUGGAACGCCUCAUGAACUCCCUCGAUCUUCCCUGGGACUCCCAAGCUCAGGCUGCGCUCCACAGUCGAGUCGGCUGUGCCCGGCUUUUGGAUGAAAGGGCCGAAGACUGAUGGCGCAGAGCAGAAGAGGCGGUUGAUUGCCCAC